AUGACUUUCCCUUCAGAGAUUCACACUUUCCAUUCUGGACGACCCCAACCCGAGUCCUCCUCCUCAUCUAACACCUUUGUAUCUGUCGAACCAAGCACUGCAAAGCCUCUUGCAACUAUCUACACUACCACGCCAGACCAACUCAACCAGACAGUCGCAGCUGCCAAGGCUGCAUUCCCUGUUUGGUCCCAAACACCAGCUCCUGAACGUGCUGCCAUUCUCCUCAAGGCAGCUUCUAUUCUACGAAAACGCAACGAUGAGCUUGCAUUGACCGAAACACUUGACACUGGCAAGCCCUUGUCCGAGACUGCAGCCGUUGAUGUUGCAACUGGUGCCGAUGUCCUCGAAUACUACGCACAUAUGGCUGCUGGCAGCUUUCCUGGCCAGAACACUCGCCUUCGUCCCGACGCUUUUGUCCUCACAACCCAUGAACCUCUAGGAGUAUGCGCUGGCAUUGGUGCUUGGAACUACCCUAUCCAGAUCGCUCUCUGGAAGUCAGCACCUUGUCUAGCUGCUGGCAACUGUAUGGUUUAUAAGCCUAGUGAGGUGACUCCACUCCAUGCCGACACCCUCGCCCAGAUCUACAUUGAGGCAGGUGUACCUCCAGGAGUCUUUAACGUUGUGUAUGGCGAUGGCAUCGCCGUUGGCGCCCCUCUUGUGGCCCACAGCGACAUUGCCAAAGUGAGCUUCACUGGUCAAGUAAGCACAGGCAGCAAGGUCGCCAGUCAAGCAGUCAAGGAUAUGAAGGGUGUUACUAUGGAACUUGGCGGAAAGAGCCCGCUUGUUAUUCUGCCCGAUGCAGACGUCGAGGAAGCAGCUGACACAGCCAUGGUUGCCAACUUCUUUUCCACGGGCCAGGUGUGCACCAACGGAACUCGUGUCUUUGUCCCAGACACCCUUUUGGCUCAGGUCGAGGAGGCUAUUGUCCAGCGAUGUCGAGAGGGAAUCCGUAUGGGUCUACCACAAAGGAGUACCACCAACUUUGGACCCAUGGUCAGCGCAGCACAACAGGAGAAGGUCAAGAUGUACAUUGAGCAUGGUCGCUCAGUAGACAAGGCAAAGGUUCUUUUCGACGGUUCAAAAGAAUCCAGAAUGCCGCAACCGACUUCCAAUGGUUUCUGGGUUCACCCGGUCGUCUUCACAAACUGCACAGACAACAUGCGAGUGGCAAGAGAGGAGAUUUUUGGCCCCGUCAUGUGCAUCAUGCCUUACAAGACACGGGGACUUUCUCGCCCAGAAUGGGUGUCGGAUCUUAUCACUCGAGCCAACGAUACUCCCAUGGGUCUUGCUGCUGGCGUCGUCUCUUCUGAUGUUGGGUUAGCACAUGAAGUCGUGCAGAAGCUUGAUGCAGGCAUUACUUGGAUCAACACAUGGGGUGAGUCUCCUGCUGAGAUGCCUGUCGGAGGCUGGAAGAUGAGUGGUAUAGGACUGGAGAAUGGGCACGAGGGUAUUUCUGCCUAUAUGAGAACAAAGAGCACAUUAGUCCAGCUUGGUAAGGGAGCUUGCAAGGGUGUAUUUUCUAAGCUAUAA